UUUACACUCCCUCAGUUCCGAAACAGAGAUGGUGAUAAGAGUUACCUCUUCAUACGGUAUCUCAGACACGAAAGAGAGGGAGAAUCAUAAGGGACUCUCUCUAGCUUUCUAUUUUCAUACACGGUGUUUGUGUGUGUUAGUUGGAGGUGUUUUCAUGGGUAAUUACAGGUUCAAGUUAUCAGAUAUGAUGCCCCAUGUCUGGUUUCACAAGCUCAGGAAUAUGAGCAGAGUCAGAAACCACCGAAACUCGCCCCCUUCCAAGAAGAAAAAACAGCAAACAUCAGCUUCAGCAACACAGCCAUCAAAACCCAAGCAACCCCACCAAUAUGAUCCAAGAAAAUCUUACUACUUCCCAAGGGAUCAGCUUAACCCAAGUGAUGAAUACCAUAAUUCUCCCACAAAUCCAAAAUCCUCAGAAAACCUCUUUCUUGACCCACCAAGAAAAUCUUCCAAACAAGGAGUCAAGAAAAGAACCGCGAGGUCUUCACCUAAACUUUUCACCUCCACUAUCUCCGCCGGUUGUAGAUGCCGUGCCCCGGUUGACUCGGUCUUCACCAAGUCCGAUUCCCCGCCAGUUUUCUCAGCCUCUCCCUUUGGCAGCUCACCGGAGCCCCAUUUUCUUGAGCCUGAAUUCAGGUCUGAUCGUAUUCUUGCCACCGAAUCUUUUGAUGGGUUGGUAUCGUGGUCGAGCACUUGUGGCCGCAAAGCCAUGUCUAAUGCUGAUGACAUUGUUAUCGAGGUGGUUAACAAGUCCUUUUCAGCCAAGUUUGAGAAGCCAAAUGGGUUUGAUAAUUCCUUGUCCGAGCUUCAACUUCCUCCCAUUAUAACCAAGACGGCAAAAUCCAACUAUCUGAAAAAGACCGAAACAAAAGAGCCAACCAAGUUUGGGAGAAGGAGCUCGUCGAAAUUUGAGGAAAGUGCAAAUGGUCACGGGUCUCUGUCUGCGAAGGUUAUGAAGGAAGACAGAAUUACUAUGAAAGAGCAGAGGACUAGUCCUUCCAAAAGAUUUUCUGUGACUUCUCCAGGUGUCAGGCUCAGAAUCAAUUCCCCGAGAAUUGCGGGUAGAAAGAGUAUUCAGACACACAAUCGGAGAAGUUUCAUGUCAACUUCUAGCUCGAGUUCGCGGAAAAGCUUUUCGGAUAGCUUUGCAGUUGUGAAGUCGUCUUUCGAUCCUCAGAGGGAUUUCAGGGAUUCAAUGGUGGAGAUGAUUGUGGAGAAGAACAUCAAGGCGUCAAAGGACCUUGAAGACCUUCUUGCCUGUUAUCUUUCUUUGAAUUCAGAUGAAUACCACGAUCUCAUUAUCAAGGUGUUCAAACAAAUCUGGUUUGAUCUGACCGACCGACCGAAGUAAUCUCAUUGUCUAAAAUAUUGUAGUCACAUGUGUUAUAUAUAUAUAUUCUAAUAAAGUUUUUGACUUCUUAGUUGA